UGUGGAGCUGCCGAAGCAGCCACAGGCGGAUCCCCUCCCCGCCUGGCCUCUUUGACUCAGUCCGAGAUCUGGCCGUUCACUCGCCUCCCUUCACCUAUCAGGCCAAGUUCUAGUCGCCCACACGCCUGCUGGCCUGGCCCGAGGGCUUCAGGGUUGCCCAGCACGUCCUCGACGUGUGUGCAAUUCCCCCUCUCCUCCAGGACCUUUCUCAGCUGGGAGCGACUGAGAAAACCGCUCGGGUCAGUCUUCCCUGCGUGGCCUUGCUCCCCGAAUGGCCUGUUGAGGCCGGCCUAGGUAUGCAGCGGCUGAUGUCGGAGAGAACCUUCCGGCUCUGGGCUCAAGCUCUAAACAAACAGAGUCUCGAAGGGGAGGCAGGACCCAAACAAAUCAAAGUUCUUAAGGGCGGAGAUCACGGAAACGUUGGAGAGAUUAACAUAAACGAGGGCCUGUGAGAUAAUUCUGACUAGGAGUUGCUGGAGAGAUUUGGAGAGAGGGAUGAUUAUUGCAAUUCCACCAAGCCUAAAACCCCAGGAAUCAGAGAAAUGUUGAGUCGAUUGUCAGGAUUGGCAAAUGUUGUUUUACAUGAACUGUCGGGGGAUGACACAGAUCAGAAUAUGACGGCUUCGUUAGACUCUGAAUUACCCCAAGAGUCUGAUAUGAAAUUUAACGAUAAAACUCAAGAGGAUGUCCUGGAGCGCCUGGCUCAUGCGGAGAGGUUGGUGGUGGAGCUAAAAGAAAUCAUUAGACAGAAGGAUACUGAACUGCAACAGAAAGAUGAAGUUCUACAGGAAGAAAGAAAAGCUGCUGAUAACAAAAUUAAAAAGCUGAAACUUCAUGCUAAGGCCAAAUUAACGUCUUUGAAUAAACACAUAGAAGAAAUGAAGGCACAAGGAGGGACUGCUCUGCCUACAGGGCCUCAAUCAGAAGAGCAGCUCUCCAAGCAUGACAGGAGUUCUACAGAGGAAGAGAUGGAAGUAGAAAUGAUAAAACAUAAACUCCAGGAGAAGGAGGAACUAAUUAGCAGUUUGCAAGCCCAGCUUACUCAGGCACAGGCAGAGCAAGCUGCACAGAGUUCAACCGAGGUGGAAAAACUUACAGUGAUGAAGCAACAACUCCAAGAGAAGGAGGAGCUCAUUGGUGCUUUGCAAGCCCAGCUGAGCCAGACACAGGCAGAACAAGCUGCUCAGUUGAGUUCCAUGCAGCAGGUGGUCCGAGAGAAAGAUGCCCGCUUUGAAACACAAGUUCGUCUUCAUGAAGAUGAGCUUCUUCAGUUAGUAACCCAGGCAGAUGUGGAAACAGAGAUGCAACAGAAACUGAGGGUGCUACAGAGGAAGCUUGAAGAACACGAAGAAGCCUUGCUGGGCCGAGCCCAGGUUGUGGACCUGUUGCAGCAGGAGCUGACUGCUGCCGAACAGAGAAACCAGAUUCUCUCUCAGCAGUUACAGCAGAUGGAAGCUGAGUAUAAUACUUUAAGAAACACUGUGGAGACAGAAAGAGAGGAGUCCAAGAUUCUAAUGGGAAAGAUGGAACUUGAAGUGGCAGAAAGAAAAUUAUCCUUCCAUAACCUGCAGGACGAAAUGCAUCACCUGCUGGAACGACUCGAGCAGGCAGGUCAAGCCCAGGCUGACCUUCAGUCCCGGUACAGUGCUUUGGAGCAGAAGCACAAAGCAGAAAUGGAAGAGAAGACUUCUCACAUAUUGAGUCUUCAGAAGACUGAGCAAGAACUACAGUCUGCCUGUGUUGCUCUAAAGGAUGAAAAUGCAAAGCUUCUCCAAGAUAAGAGUGAACAGGUACUUCAUUCAGCCCAGGCCAUUCAGCAGCUGGAAGAUCAACUUGAGCAAAAAUCCAAAGAAAUUAGCCAAUUUCUAAAUAAACCAACCGUGCAGAACAAUGAAACAGCAUCUCAGACUUCUUUCCCAGAUAUUGAUAAUGAGGGUGCACAGGCAAUCACUGAAGACAGUACUGCCUUUUUGCAGAAGAGGGUGGUGGAGCUGGAAAAUGAAAAGCAAACCUUGCUCCUUAACUCCAUAGAACUGGAGAAGCUGAAAGCCGAGAAUGAAAAACUGUCUUCUCAGAUUACUCUUCUGGAAGCUCAGAAUAGAACUGGAGAAGCAGAUAGAGAAGUUGGUGAGAUCAGCGUGGUUGAUAUUACCAGGCUCAACAAGAGCAACUCUUCUGCUGAGGAAAGUGUCCCAGAGAACACAUUUUCUCAGAAACAUAAAGAACUGUCAGUUUUAUUGUUGGAAAUGAAGGAAGCUCAAGAAGAGAUUGCAUUUCUUAAGUUGCAGCUCCAGGGCAAAAGGACUGAGGGGGACCCUGAGGUCCUUGACCAGAAAGAAAUGAAGCAGACUGAGAGUGAAGGAAUACCUCCAGUCACAAUGAAAGUAUUAUUUGAAGGUACAGGGAAACAUUUUCCCCUGAUGUCAGAUGAAGAGAGCCAUCUUCCUGUACUUGAGACAGAAGAGCAGAUGAGCACUGAACAUCAAAGUAGGACAUCUGAGGAAAUAUCUUUCAAUGACACUGGAAUAGAAGCGAAGUCAACAAAACAGUGUGAUGUUGAUAAUCCCCUUUCUGCUGUACCAAGCACUUGUCACUGUCACCAGGAUGAAUUAGAAAGGCUAAAAAGUCAAAUUUUGGAGCUUCAGAUUAGCUUUCAUAAAGCACAAGAAACCUAUGGGGAAAAUUUAGAUGAGAAAGCUAAGGAAAUAAGCAACCUAACUCAGUUGAUUGAAGAGUUUAAGAAAAAUGCCAAAGACACCAACAGUGCAUUCACUGCUUUGUCUGAAGAAAGAGACCAGCUUCUCUCUCAGGUGAAGGAACUUAGUGUGGUAACAGAACUGAGGGCUAAGGUACAACAGCUGGAAGUGAAUCUUGCAGAAGCAGAAAAGCAAAGAAGACUUGACUAUGAAAGCCACACUACUCAUCACAACUUGCUUACUGAACAGAUCCACAGUCUCAGCAUAGAAGCCAAAUCCAAAGAUGUGAAAAUUGAAGUUUUGCAGAAUGAACUGGAUGAUGUACAUCUUCAGUUUUCUGAGCAGAGUACACUGAUUAAAAGACUGCAGAGCCAGCUGCAGAAGAAGGAAAGUGAAGUGCUUGAGGGGACAGAACGUCUGAGGGAUAUCUCAAAUAAGAUGGAAGAACUUACACAAGCUCUUUCAGAGAAGGAACUUGAAAUAGCAAAAAUAAAUCAACUCUUACUAGAGAAAAAGAGAGAUGUGGAAACCCUCCAGCAAACCAUUGAGGAGAAGGAUCAGCAAGUGACAGAAAUCAGCUUUAGUAUGACUGAGAAAAUGGUUCAGCUUAAUGAAGAAAAGUUUUCUCUUGGGGUAGAAAUUAAGACUCUUAAAGAACAGCUGAAUUUGUUAUCCAGAGCUGAAGAGGCAAAAAGAGAGCAAGUGGAAGAAGGUAAAGAAGUUGUUUCUGGCCUUAAACAGACUUCUGAUGAGUUGGGCCCAGCAGGGCUAAUAAAUAAUGAAGAACUUCAGCAUGAAUUAGACCUCGUAAAGAAAGAAAGUGAGCAGAGAAAGAAAAAGCUCCAGGCAGCUCUUAUUAACAGAAAGGAACUUCUGCAAAGAGUCAGUAGGUUGGAAGAGGAAUUGGCCAAAGUGAAAGAUGAAUCUGGGAAAGAGGUCCUGUUCAGUGAGAGUAAAAGGAGAGAAAUGGAGAAGGAUAAAGAAAGUAAAGAGGGCUCAGAAAAAUGUGUCACUUCUAAGUGCCAAGAAAUUGAAAUUUCUUUGAAACAGACAAUAUCUGAGAAGGAAGUAGAACUAGAGCAUUUAAGGAAGGAUUUGGAAGAAAAGGCAACAGCUGAAGAAGAGUUGCAGGUUGUGAUCAAACAGAUAAAUCAGAACCUUCAAGAGAAAGCAAGCCAAAUAGAUUUGCUCCAAGCAGAAAUCAAGGAAAACCAAGCAAUUAUCCAAAAGUUAACUACGGGUAACAAGGAUGCUGGUGAUGGAGGCUCAACAGAACCUGUAAAGGAAACAGUGGUGAACAGUCCUCCUAGUGCAGGUGGUGGAGAGCACUGGAAACCAGAACUGGAAGAAAAGAUACUGGACCUUGAAAAAGAAAAGGAGCAACUUCAAAAGAAGCUACAGGAAGUGUUAACCUCUCGCAAGGUGAUUCUUAAAAAGGCACAGGAGAAAGAAAGACAUCUUAGGGAGGAGCUAAAGCAACAGAAAGAUAACUAUAAUCGCUUGCAAGAACAGUUCGAUGAGCAAAGCAAAGAAAAUGAGAACAUUGGAGAUCAGCUAAAGCAGCUCCAGAGUCAAAUAAAGGAGUCUGUAGACAGAAAACUCCCAGGUACUGACCAACAGGCACAAAGCUGUCCUACUCAAGGUUUAGAAGAACCUUUAUUCAAAGCCAUGGAGCAGCAUCCCCCUCAGUCUGUCUUAGAGUUUGACUUGUGCCCAGACUGGCCUUCUCAUCCUGGAGAUGCAAAUGCUGUGCAGGGCAAUACUUCUAUUGCUCAGAUUCAAGCCCAGCUCAAAGAAAUAGAGGCUGAGAAAAAGGAGUUAGAAUUGAGGGUUAGUUCUACAGCAAGUGAACUUACUAAAAAAUCAGAAGAGGUAUUUCAAUUACAAGAGCAGAUAAAUAAGCAGAGUUUUGAAAUCCAAAGUCUUCAAAUGGCAUCCCAUGAAGCUGAAGCCUGUGCAGAAAGCCUGAGGCAGAAAUUAGAGAACAGUCAACUAGAAAUUGCUGGAUUAGAACGUUUAAGAGAAUUACAGCCUGAACUAAAUGAAUUGCAAAACCUCAUAAGCAGAAAGGAAGAUGAAGUCAGAUACCUUUCUGGGCAGCUUAGUGAGAAAGAAGCAGCCCUGACUAAAGUACGGACAGAGAUAAUGGAGCAAGAGGAUUUAAUUAAGGCUCUGCAUACACAGCUGGAAAUGCAAGCCAAAGAACACGAUGAAAAGAUAAAGCAUUUACAGGUGGAACUUUGUGAAAUGAAGCAAAAACCAGAAGAGAUUGGAGAAGAAAGUAAAGCAAAACAACAAACACAGAGGAAACUGCAAGCUGCCCUCAUUUCCAGAAAAGAAGCACUAAAAGAAAACAAAAGUCUCCAGGAGAAGUUGUCUUUGGCCACAGAUACCAUUGAACAUCUCACCAAGUCUCUGGCAGAUGUGGAAAGCCAAGUUUCUGCUCAGAAUCAAGAAAAAGAUACAUUCUUAGGAAAGUUGGCUCUUCUUCAAGAAGAAAGAGACAAACUUAUUAUAGAAGUGGACAGAUCUUUAAUGGAAAAUCAAAGUCUCAGUGGUUCUUGUGAAAGUCUGAAAUUAGCUUUGGAGGGUCUUACUGAAGACAAAGAGAAGUUAGUGAAGGAAAUUGAAUCUUUGAAAUGUUCUAAGAUUGCGGAAAGCACUGAGUGGCAAGAGAAACACAAAGAAUUACAAAAAGAAUAUGAAACUCUGCUGCAGUCCUAUGAGAAUGUUAGUAAUGAGGCAGAAAGAAUUCAGCAUGUGGUGGAAAAUGUGAGGCAAGAAAAGCAAGAACUAUAUGGCAAGCUAAGAAGCACAGAAGCAAGCAAGAAAGAGGUGGAAAAACAAUUGCAGGAGGCUCAACAGGAAAUGGAAGAAAUGAAAGAAAAAAUGAGAAAGUUUGCUAAAUCUAAACAGCAAAAAAUCCUAGAGUUGGAAGAAGAGAAUGACCGGCUUAGAACAGAGGUACACCCUGCAGGAAGUACAUCUCAAGAUUGUAUGGAAGCACUUCUUUCCUCAAAUGCCAACAUGAAGGAGGAGCUAGAAACGGUCAAAUCAGAGUAUAAAACCCUUUCUAAGGAGUUUGAGGCUUUGAUGACUGAGAAGGACUCUCUAAGUGAAGAGAUUCAAAAUUUAAAACAUCAAAGAGAAGGCAGUGUGUCCAAACAAGCUAUCCUAGAGGCCACUGAGAAACAUGAUAACCAGAUGCAUAUCAUUGAAGGGGCAAGUCAGCCUGUCCCAAGUGAGGCUAGUGAGGAAAACUCUUUGAGUAUGAACACAAGGCCUGAAUGUUUAAAAUCCAUUCUAGCAGAGACCAGUGCCAAUCCUGAUGCAAGUGAGAAUAUCAGCUCACAUGAAGAAAUUAGUAACUACCUACAGCAGAUUGAUCAGUUCAAAGAAAGAAUUGCCGAAUUAGAGGAGGAGAAACAGAGAGCAAAGGAAUUUAGCCAGACUUUAGAAAAUGAGAAAAAUGCUUUACUGAAUCAAAUAUCAACAAAGGAUGGUGAACUAAAAAUGCUUCAGGAAGAAGUAACCAAAAUAAAUCUUUUAAAUCAGCAAAUCCAAGAAGAACUUGCCAGAGUUACCAAGCUCAAGGAGAUAGCAGAAGAAGAGAAAGAUGAUUUGGAAGAGAGGCUUAUGAAUCAAUUGGCAGAACUUAAUGGAAGCAUUGGGAAUUAUUAUCAGGAUGUUACAGAUGCCCAAAUAAAAAAUGAGCUACUAGAGUCUGAAAUGCAGAACCUUAAAAAGUGUGUGAGUGAAUUGGAAGAAGAAAAGCAGCAGUUAGUCAAGGAGAAAACUCGGGUGGAAUCAGAAAUCCGCAAAGAAUAUAUGGAGAAGAUACAAGGUGCUCAGAAAGAACCUAGUAAUAAAAGCCAUGCAAAGGAACUUCAGGAACUGUUAAAAGAAAAACAACAAGAAGUAAAGCAGCUGCAGAAGGACUGUAUCAGGUACCAGGAGAAAAUUAGUGCUCUGGAGAAAACUGUUAAGGCCCUAGAAUUUGUUCAGACUGAGUCCCAAAAAGAUUUGGAAAUAACCAAAGAAAAUCUGGCUCAAGCCAAUGAACACUGCAAGAAGGCAGAAACAGAAUUAGCUAACUUCAGGGUACUGCUAGAUGACACUCAGAGUGAAGCAGCAAGAAUCCUAGCAGAUAACCUCAAGUUGAAAAAGGAACUUCAGUCAAAUAAAGAAUCCAUUAAAAGCCAAAUGAAACAAAAAGAUGAAGAUCUUGAGCGAAGACUGGAGCAGGUAGAAGAAAAACAUCUGAAAGAGAAGAAGAAUAUGCAAGAGAAACUGGAUGUUUUGAGUAGAGAAAAAGUCCACUUGGAAGAGACGUUUGGAGAGAUUCAGAUUACUUUAAACAAGAAAGACAAGGAAGUAAAACAACUUCAGGAAAACUUGGAUAGUACUGUGGCCCAGCUUGCAGCUUUCACGAAGAGCAUGUCUUCCCUCCAGGAUGAUCGGGACAGGGUAAUAGAUGAAGCCAAGAAAUGGGAGAGGAAGUUCAGUGAUGCUAUUCAAACUAAAGAAGAAGAAAUUAGGCUCAAAGAGGACAACUGCACUGUUCUAAAGGAUCAACUUAGGCAGAUGUCCAUUCAUAUGGAGGAAUUGAAGAUCAACAUUUCCAGGCUUGAACAUGACAGGCAGACUUGGGAGUCCAAGGCGCAGACAGAGGUCCAGCUUCAGCAGAAGGUCUGUGAUACUCUACAGGCGGAAAACAAAGAACUUUUGUCCCAGCUAGAAGAGACUCAACAUCUGUACCACAACUCCCAGAAUGAAUUAGCUAAAUUAGAAUCAGAACUUAAGAUUCUUAGAGACCAAUGGACUGAUUUAAAUAAUUCUUUAGAAAAAUGUAAGGAAAAUAGAGAAAAUUUGGAAGGGAUCAUAAAGCAGAAAGAGGCUGAUAUCCAAAAUUGUAAGUUCAGUUACGAACAGCUAGAGACCGACCUUCAGACCUCCAGAGAGCUGAUCAAUAAGCUGCAUGAAGAAAUAAACAUGAAAGAACAGAAGAUUAUAAGUCUGCUUUCUGCCAAGGAUCAGGCAAUCCAAGAAGCUGUUGCUGAACUGCAUCAACAACAUGAUAAAGAAAUUAAAGAAUUGGAAAACUUGUUGUCCCAGGGGGAAGAGAAUAUUGUCUUGGAAGAGAACAAAAAAGCUGUGGACAAAACCAGUCGGCUCAUAGAAACACUGAAAUCCAUCAAAAAGGAAAACACACAGCAGAAGGCUCAGUUGAAUUCCUUCGUUAAAUCCAUGUCUUCUCUCCAGGAUGACCGAGACCGCAUAGUAGGUGACUACCAAAAGCUGGAAGAGCGACAUCUUUCUGUAAUCUUAGAAAAAGACCAACUCAUACAAGAGGCUGCUGCUGAGAAUAAUAAGCUGAAGGAAGAAAUUCGAUGCUUGAGAAGUCAUAUGGAUGAUCUUAAUUCUGAGAAUGCCAAGCUAGAUGCAGAACUGAUCCAAUAUAGAGAAGACCUGAACCAAGUGAUAGCAAGAAAGGACUGCCAGCAAAAACAACUCCUUGAAGUUCAACUUCAACAGAAUAAGGAGCUGAAAAAUGACUAUGCUAAAUUAGAAGAAAAACUGAAGGAGUCUGAAGAAGCAAAGGAGGAUCUGCAGAGGUCCUCUAUUGCCCUACAGGAGGAGAAACAAUGUUUAUCUAAAGAGAUUGAAAGGUUGAAAGUAACUGUAUCCCAACUAAAGAGAGAGUUGACCACCUUGCAAGAAGAAGGCACUUUAGGACGCUUUCAGGCCCAAUUAAAAGUAAAAGAAGAAGAGGUACAGGGGUUAAGUACUACCCUUUCUUCCUCUCAGAAGAGAAUUACAGAACUGGAAGAGGAAUUGGUUCAUGUUCAGAUGGAAGCUGCCAAGAAGGUAGGUGAAAUUGAAGAGAAAAUGAAGAAGGAAUUAAAGCAUCUUCAUCAUGAUGCAGGGAUAAUGCGAAAUGAGACGGAAACAGCAGAAGAGAGGGUGGCAGAGCUAGCGAGAGAUCUGAUGGAGAUGGAACAGAAAUUACUCGUGGUCACAAAAGAAAAUAAAGAUCUCACAGCACAAAUCCAGUCGUUUGGAAGGUCUAUGAGUUCCCUACAAAAUAGUAGAGACCAUGCCAAGGAGGAGUUUGAUGAACUGAAAAGGAAGUAUGAUGCCAGUCUGAAAGAACUGGCACAGCUGAAAGAAGAGCAGGGUCUCUCAGGCAGAGAGAGAAAUGUUCUUGUGUCUAAAGCUGCCUUUCCAGCGGACUCCACUGACGGGGACAGCUUUCCUCACCUUGAGAAACUUAACCAACAGCUUCAAUCCAAAGAUGAACAACUGCUUCACUUGUCCUCACAACUAAAAGAUUCUUACAACCAAGUACAGUCUUUUUCUAAGGCUAUGGCCAGUCUACAGAGUGAGAGAGAUCACCUGUUGAAUGAACUACAGAAAUUCCGCAAGACAGAGGAAGGGAAGCAGAGGUCUGCAGCCCAGCCAGCAACGAGCCCAGCCGAAGUACAGAGUUUAAAAAAAGCUAUGUCGUCCCUCCAGAAUGACAGAGACCGACUUCUGAAGGAAUUGAAGAAUCUGCAGCAGCAGUACUUACAGAUAAACCAGGAAAUCACUGACUUACGUCCACUGAAGGCUCAACUUCAGGAGUAUCAAGACAAGACAAAAACAUUUCAGAUUAUGCAAGAAGAGCUCAGACAGGAAAACCUCUCCUGGCAGCAUGAGCUGCAUCAGCUCAGGAUGGAAAAGAAUUCCUGGGAAAUUCAUGAAAGAAGAAUGAAGGAGCAGUACCUUAUGGCUAUUACAGAUAAAGAUCAGCAGAUUAGUCACCUGCAGAAUCUUAUGAGGGAAUUUAGAUCUUCCUCCCAGACCGAAACCCUCAAAGUACAGUACCAAAGACAGGUAUCCCCAGAGACAUCAGCUUCCCUAACUGGGUCACAAAACCUAGUGUAUGAGACAGAACUUCUUAGGACUCAGCUCAGUGACAGCCUAAAGGAAAUUCACCAGAAGGAGUUAAGAAUUCAGCAACUGAACAGCAAGUUUUCUCAGCUACUUGAAGAGAAAAACACCCUUUCAAUUCAGCUGUGCGAUACCAACCAGACUCUGCGUGAGAAUCAGCAGCACUACAGUGACCUUUAUAAUCACUGUGCCAUCUUGGAGAAGCAGGUUCAAGAGCUACAGGCGGGGCCACUGAAUAUGGACGUUGCUCCAGGAGCUCCCCAGGAGAAAAACGGAGCUCACAGGAAGAGUGAUGCCGAAGAACUGAGGCAGCCUCAGCUAAGCUUUUCGGAAGCUCAGAAGCAGCUGAGCAACACUAAACAGGAGGUGAAUGAAUUGAGGAAGCUGCUGGAAGAAGAACGAGACCAAAGAGUGGCUGCUGAGACUGCCCUCUCCGUGGCCGAGGAACACAUCAGGCGGUUGGAGCACAGUGAAUGGGACUCUGCCCGGACCCCUAUCAUUGGUUCCUGUGGCACUCAGGAGCAGGCACUGUUAAUAGACCUUACAGGCAACAGCUGUCGAAGGUCACGGAGUGGUGCUGGCUGGAAGCGGGUCCUGCGUUCGCUCUGCCACUCCCGGACCCGAGUACCUCUGCUGGCAGCUGUCUACUUUUUGAUGGUUCAUGUCCUGCUCAUUCUGUGUUUCACAGGCCAUCUAUAAACUUCGUUCUCAGCUUUUGGAACACUCCUCUCAGAACUUGCAAUUCCCUCAUCUCUGGUACCAAAACCAUUAAUCCCAGUGGAAUCGUCUUCCCACUUACUAGUCCUCUCUCCAAGUCUCCACAGAAAGUGCCUGCAAAAACAGAAGUGGAAGUGAGCCCAGGUUAGAGCUACAGGAACCAUCAGGUCUGCUUUCUUCUAUUGCCCAGGGCCAGAAAUUCUGAGGAGGCCCCAUAUUUGGUUGCUGAGCUCAAGAUUUGUUCAGCAUUUAUCAGGCCCAGACCUCCUGUGGUCCUGUGAAAGAUGCAGAGGAGUGUCUUCAGCCAGGAGGGUGGCUCCAAUAAACCUAGUAAUCUGAA